UGCUGCGUCCACCAUCCAAAAUCCAAAGUCCAGAAAAAGUGGGAACAGAAAGAAACUGUAUUAAUUUACAGGGCCUUCCCUCCCCUUCUUAACCACUCUCUCUGUUCUUUUUACACAUUCGGUUCCAGGAAGUUAUAGGCCAAAUCUUUCUCCCCUAGUACCGUAAAGGAUCGUCGUCCAUCACUGUCUCUUCUUUCCAUCAGAAUCUGAAGCACAUGCAAAUGAAUUUAUAUUUUUUAAGCAUUUUCUGCUUCUUAGCAUCACUCUCCCAUUCAAAUGGAAUUCAACUUAUAAUAGUGAACAACUGCAAAGAGAGCGUGUGGCCUGGGAUUCUUGGCACUGCAGGCCAUCAGACCCCGAACGAUGGCGGAUUCCAUCUGUCUACCGGCGAACAGAUAGUGAUAGAAGUGCCCGAGAAGUGGUCCGGCAGAAUAUGGGGCAGGCAAGGCUGCUGUUUUGAUGAACACGGUAAAGGUUCAUGCCAAACGGGAGACUGCACGGGCCUCCUUGAGUGCAUGGGCACCGGGGGGCUGCCCCCAGCAACAGUAGUAGAAAUGACGCUAGGAACUGCACAGAAUCAGUUGCACUACUAUGAUGUGAGUUUGGUUGAUGGUUUCAACCUCCCCGUCUCGAUGAUUCCGGUUGGUGGCGGCGUUGGCUGUGGAGUGGCGGCCUGUGAGGCAAAUGUGAAUGUGUGCUGUCCUGCGGCCUUGGAGGUGAGAAGACGAGGGAAAGUGGUGGGAUGCAAGAGCGCCUGUCUGGCCACAAAGGCACCUAGAUAUUGCUGUACCGGGGAAUAUGGUAGCCGGGGAAGUUGUAAACCAACAGUUUUCUCCAAUCUGUUCAAGGCCAUCUGCCCCAGGGCAUAUAGCUAUGCACAAGAUGAAUCAGCUGGGCUUAAGAGAUGCAGAGCGCCACGGUGAGGUUCAAGCCCUUACUUACAACUCAAGAAAGGACUUAAAUCCCUCCCUGGUAGCGACUGAGCCAUUGGUCCAUGGUUCCCUCUGCGCCUACCUGCUGCAACUGAACUUGAUUUUCCGUGAUGCGGCUAAGAUUAUAAAUCAAAUUCUACAUUUGUGAGGUCUGCGCCAAUUCUCUCGGUGGAUAACUGAGAAAAAACCUCACCGUAUCCUCCAUUUUUCCCUUCAAUUUUUUGGAGUCUCAACACAUGAAACAACUCUUUUCUGCGUA